GCCUGGGUCUGCAGAGCAGAGGGUGAGUGAGGCAAACACAACCCAAACUGGGGGGCUUCUCUUCAAAGCCAGCUGGUCUGGCUUUAUUCUACAGGAAUUUUUUUACCUGAUUUUUUUGAUCAACAAAGCCCUCAGCAGGUGCUGACGGGUACAACUUCCUGGAGAAGCAGAAGAAGGGCACUGAGGCAAGGAAGUGGAGAAGACAUUAUUUCUGGUUUUGGAAUGUGCUAUAUGAAAAUAAUCACAUCUUUGUUUGCUGCAAAGAUAUCCUGCUCUAGGUGCCGAACAAGAAUUGUAAACUGUGAAGUAACUACACCAUGAGAAAGAUUAAGUAAAGCAUUGGAGGCGGAUGAUUUUGACAAUAAAGAGGGUGUAUGUGCUCGGGAGAAGAGAGUCAUUCGUUUGGGAUUGUGGGAGAGGUAGAGAAACAGAGACACGGAGAAAGAGAAGAAAAAGGAGGAAGAGAGAGAAGCAGAAAAGGACACCUCAUCAGGAGUGUAGUUUCGAUCCUUUUCUCGCCUCCCCCUUCCCCUCCGCGAUGUUUCAAAGGCUGUGAGCUAUUCGUCUUUUCCCAUUCGCCUGCUGCCACUUCCUUCCUGGACGAUCUCAGGACGAGUCCGGUUACUUUUAAUCCGACCAGCAGCUCAGCCACUUUCUCCUCCUCCACGCAGCACACACGCGCGCACACACACACAGACACACAGACAGACACACACGCGCGCGCGAGCACACCCCAGGCACCUUCUGGCUGCUUAUUGGAUUGACUUUGAAGGUUGUGUGUGUGAUUCAAGGCGGCUGCAUGUUGAACCAGGUGGUGAAUAUUUAAGACUGGAAGAAGCAGAGGGAUUUUUUUCUUUUUCCUAUGAAAGGAAAAUAUCUGAAGGACCAGUCUGAUCAGCCAAACAGCUAACCGUUUACAAUAUACAUACCAUGCCUAAUGAAGCUCUGAAUUCUAGGAUAGGAGUUAGAAACAUGAAGAGGUGUUUGAAUAUGAGGACAGUGAGCAUGCUUUCCACUCUGACUCUUUUUCCAGACUCAUUAGAAACAAAGGUACCAUUUGAAUAGAACAUUUCAAAAGAAGAUCUUCUUGUCUUCUCUUCUGGACCACCCUGGGAAGAAUGUAUAAAGAUGUACCACUUCUUUGAUCAAGAGCAUUAGAAGCAGACUUAAGCAGUUUUCUAAGUCCCUCUUGGGUGUACAUGUGUGCUUGCCAUUCACACAUCCUGAAAUGAGAUGGAAUGUGAAGCAGGAACGGAUGCAGGGGACUGUGAACUGAGUGGUGCAAGUGCUGAAGAAGGAGGUUUGUUUUGAGGAAACAGGAAAGAGGAAUAAAAGAGAAGGGAAAAAUACGUAAUUUUAAGGAAGAAGGAGAGAAAAAAAAACGGGGACUAUGGGGAGAAAAAAGAUUCAGAUUACAAGGAUUAUGGAUGAACGUAACAGACAGGUGACUUUUACGAAGAGGAAAUUUGGGUUAAUGAAGAAGGCUUAUGAGCUUAGUGUUCUGUGUGACUGUGAGAUUGCUCUAAUCAUCUUCAACAGCACCAACAAACUGUUCCAGUAUGCCAGCACUGAUAUGGACAAAGUGUUGCUGAAAUAUACGGAGUAUAAUGAGCCACAUGAGAGUCGAACAAAUUCAGAUAUUGUUGAGACAUUAAGAAAGAAAGGACUUAAUGGCUGUGACAGUCCAGACCCUGAUGCAGACGAUUCAGCAUUGCACAAGAAAGAAAACAAAGCUUGUGAAAGCCCUGAUCCUGACUCCUCUUAUGCUCUCACCCCACGCACUGAAGAAAAAUAUAAAAAAAUUAAUGAAGAAUUUGAUAAUAUGAUCAAGAGCCAUAAAAUACCUGCUGUUCCACCACCAAACUUUGAGAUGCCAGUUUCUAUUCCAGUGUCCAACCACAACAGUUUGGUAUACAGUAACCCAGUCAGCUCACUGGGAAACCCCAACCUUUUACCACUGGCUCAUCCUUCUUUGCAAAGGAAUAGCAUGUCUCCUGGUGUGACACAUCGGCCUCCAAGUGCAGGUAACACAGGUGGCCUGAUGGGUGGGGACCUCACAACCGGUGCAGGCACCAGUGCAGGACAACUGCAAUGCCAUCAGAGCGCUUUUCAUCUUUUUAAACUUAAAGAGCAAGUUCCCAUUGACAGUUAUAGGACCUGCAUGGCAAGAAUGGGAAAUGGAUAUGGAAACCCCCGCAACUCACCAGGUCUGCUGGUCUCACCUGGCAACUUGAACAAGAAUAUGCAAGCAAAAUCUCCACCUCCAAUGAAUUUGGGAAUGAACAAUCGUAAACCAGACCUCCGUGUGCUUAUUCCACCUGGCAGCAAGAGUACCAUGCCAUCAGUGAAUCAAAGGAUAAAUAACUCCCAGUCUGCUCAGUCAUUGGCUACUCCAGUGGUUUCCGUAGCAACUCCUACUCUACCAGGGCAAGGGAUGGGAGGAUACCCAUCAGCCAUCUCAACAACAUAUGGUACUGAAUAUUCUCUGAGUAGUGCAGAUAUAUCAUCUCUCUCUGGUUUUAAUACAGCCAGUGCUCUUCAUCUUGGUUCUGUAACUGGCUGGCAACAGCAACACCUACAUAAUAUGCCACCAUCUGCCCUCAGUCAAUUGGGAGCUUGCACUAGCACUCAUUUAUCUCAGAGUACAAAUCUCUCCCUGCCUUCUACUCAAAGCCUCAACAUCAAGUCAGAACCUGUUUCUCCUCCUAGAGAUCGUACCACCACGCCAUCGAGAUACCAACAGCACACGCGCCAUGAAGCGGGGAGAUCUCCUGUUGACAGCUUGAGCAGCUGUAGCAGUUCCUACGAUGGAAGUGACCGAGAAGAUCACCGGAAUGAAUUCCACUCCCCCAUUGGACUCACCAGACCUUCGCCGGACGAAAGGGAAAGCCCCUCUGUCAAGCGCAUGCGGCUCUCUGAAGGAUGGGCAACAUGAUAACAUUAUAACCUAUUACUUGAGAUUUUUUUUCUUGCAGUGUGUGUGUGCUAUACUUUAAUGGGAGGGGGGAGGGGGGAAGGGUCGAUAUACAUUAUAUGUGCUGUGUGUGAAAAAAAAGUCAGGUACUCUGUUUUGUAAAAGUACUUUUAACUUGCCUCAGUGAUGCAGUAUAAGGAUAAACAGAAAUGCUGAGAUAAGCUUAGCACUUGAGUUGUACAACAGAACACUUGUACAAAAUAGAUUUUAAGGCUAAUUUCUUUUCACUGUUGUGCUCCCUUGCAAAAUGUAUGUUACAAUAGAUAGUGUCAUGUUGCAGGUUCAACGUUAUUUACAUGUAAAUAGACAAAAUGAAAACAUUUGCCAGAAAUGGCAGAUCUUUACUGAGAGAGAAAGCAGCUGUUAUGCAACAUAUAGAAAAUGUACAGAUGUUUUGACAGAUCCAGCAGUUGGGUGGCCAUGAAUUGAUGCUAGAAAGAGACUGAGUCACCUAACAUACUGAAAAUGCUCACAAACAUGCAGGCAUUUUGUUAGAGUAUGGUGCUCAGUUAAAAAGGAUCAAACCAUUUCAAGAGGACCAUACUUAUAGAAAUGUUGAGUUCGAGGGCUGACAUACUUAAUUUCAAAAAUUCUGGGUCUGCAUCACUUAUUAAAUAAAAAAGUAUAAAAAUAUGUACAUUACAUUUAGCUUAUUUUCAUAUUAAAAAGUAAGACAGAGUUUGCAAAGCAUUUGUGGCUUUUGUAGUUUCCUUAAGCCAAAAUUUGUUCUUUUUCCCUUGAUAGCUUUGCUAAUCUUUUAAGCAGUCCUGAAGAAACAAACAAAAUGACUUUCUGUAUAGAAAGCACUACCCUAAGCCUUGAGCAACUCCAUGCUUUGCUAAUCAAGAUAACUGUUUUCUCUUUGCAGAAGUUUUGUUUUUGAAAUGUGUAUUUCUAAUUAUAUAAAAUACUAAGAAUCUUUAAAAAAAAAUCUGUGAAAUUAACAUGCUUGUGUAUAGCUUUCUAAUAUAUAAUAAUUAUGGUAAUAGUUUUUGUUCUCUUGAUAGUGGGGAAUUAUAUUUGUGCAGUUGCACAUUUAACUAUUUUCUUUUGGUUUUCUUUUAGUGGGUAUACAUUUUACAGGUCCAAGUCAGCUGCUGAAAGACUGAUCUGUAAACAAUUAGACUUUACCCAUAGUGUUACAACUUAAAUCAUUUUAAUACAGUAUUUUACAAUCAGCUGGGUGAACUGCCAUCCGUUGUAUAUACUGAUUAGUUCUUUCAUGCUGUUUUGUGCAUUGUAACAAGUUAAGGGCCCUUCUAUUAUGUAAUGUCCUGCGUAUCUUGUAGUUUUCCAUGGGUUAAAUUACAAAGUGGCGUAACUUGGCCCUUUCUUAUUAAUGAAGCUGGUAUUCUGCCUGUCUGAAUUGAAUGUGCAGCUCUAAUGGCUGUAAGCUACGUGAGUGCAGGUAAACAUGUGACGAAGCAGCAGGGGGAGGCAAAGGGAGGGAUCAGCACGAAAGUGCCUGCUGGAUAGAUUCCUCCCCUCUCUCACAGACAUAAAACUCUUAAAGAUAUUAUCAGUUAAAGGGUGGUUCAAAAUCAGUUGAUUUUACACAGGCAAUAUUGGCCAGCUGGUUGGUUCUCAUGGACCUCUGCAGUCAUAUCAUCUCACAGUGGGCAUGUUGUUGAGCAACGCUCCCUGUGUCUUUACACCAGACUAGCACUUGCUUCAGCACACAGCAUCCACAUUUUCUCCAGCCUCAUAUUGUUCCUUUGACUAAGAUAGCUUGACCAGAGGGAAUGUGUCAUUUUCUUCAAGUCCCUCUUUGUCCCUCUUGUCUGUUAGAAAAAAAAAUGUAUAUUCAAGUGUUUCAGUUUCAUCUUUCUGUUGGAGGGAAAAAGUGUUUAAGCAAAAUGUUAGUGUCAUAGUAAAAGAGUAAUAUUUCUCCUUUUUUAAGAGUCCUUCUAGGCCUCAACUACUUACAUUGACAUUAUGAUGAAAAAUACAGCAGCAACAGCAAAGAACUUUGAAGUGAAAUCCACACUCUUUUUCCACCUAUCCAUGCAGUUGCUGUGCACUGCUCAACGAUGGAGUGUACCUCUCUGUAGUAGAGAAUGAUGAUCAGACUACAGUGUGCAUUAGGACAUAGACUCUUCACUUACCAUGACUUUACAGAAGCCUGCCUUACAGGCACUUUCAGCCAUGCAGGGGCUAGUACAUAAUGUGGAAACUCUUUAAGCAGAAUACUGUGCUACUAAUGCAUUCAUCUUACCUCGUGUAGCAAACUGCAGGGUAAACAAAGAUACGCAUGUUUUAAAAAACCCAAAAAAUAAAUUUAAAAACCCAAAACAAAACACAACAAAAGAAAAACAAAAACAAAAAACAAAAAACAAAAAAAAAAAAAAAAACACAAAAAAAAAACCAACAAAAAAAAAGAAGGUAAAAUGGGGCCCAUAAUUAAUUUUACAAUACAAAAACCAUUUUCCUCACCCUCAGAUUAACCUGUACUCAUAUUCUCUUUUGAGAAUUUUAAACUUUAGUGUGUCAAAAAUAUGCAAAUGUAUCACAAAUAUACCUUGUCAUUUCAAGAAAAAAUACAAUUUUAUUGGUAUAGCAGUAGAAACUUCUCAGUGGGGAAGGGGAUUUGGUCUAUUGAUAUAUUAAGAAUAGCCAUAUUAAUAGUUUACCUUGCGAUUUGCCUCAGCAACACAUGAAAAAAAUGAAUCAUUUAAUGAAGAUGCAGUGUUUAAUAUCACUGCAAGUAACUAAGCAAAAAGUAGCAUGAAAAGUAUUGCCUGGGCAAUUUAUAUUAACUCUGACAGUGAUUUUUUGUAUAAACACAAGUAGAACUGAAUCACAUGGAAAUAAAUGCCAGUUAGCCCUCUUGUUCCUGCUGCAGAAGGCAACUAACUUAUACUGGCAAAAUUGUGGGGGAUAAUGCAUAUUUGCAAACUGAUCUAAUGAUAAGAAGCACAACUUUGAUUGUGAAGUCACUUUCUGUAAACUAUAACUGUCUACCUUUCUUGUUCCUUUAUCUGUAUCUUACAAUUUAUUGUAUUUGCAAAAGCUAAUUUGGGUUUAUUGUGUGAUUCCUUUGUAUUUAAGGAGCUUGGGGCAGAGCCCUGAAAGAGUAUUAACAUUUACUUUACCUUAACCCAUGCUAUAUGAUGUUUUAGGCAACAUUCUUAAUUGUAAGUUCAAACACCUGAAGUGGCAUUCUAGACAUCUGCAAGUAUUGUUAUAGCUAAGUUAAUCUCUAUUAAAAGGUGUUGUCAGUUAGUGUUUAAUUGCUGGUGACAAUUAUAUGAUAUACUCUAUCUGCACAACAUAUAUAUUGUAUGCAUUGAGCCAUUCACAGUAAAGCUUUGUUCAUUUCAGUGUCUCUCAAAAAUUGUGUUUUAUAACAAAAUGGCUUAUAUUUUUCCCAGAAGAGGAAUUUAGCAAUUUUUAAUGACUAGUGUAAAAAUUACCUGUUGUCCUCAGAUCUUUUUCAGGUAAAGCUAGUAUAAGAAUAGAACUCACAGGCUGUUUCCAAGGAUGUCAACCCUUUUGUAUUGUAUUUGCAAUCCUAUAUACCCACUUUUAUCUGUAGUCUAACAGCUGUUUGUUUUCCUUCUUCCUUCACCUUGAAGGUAAAUGCUUUGUAAUUUUUUAAAAGCCACAUGAAACCUCAAUAAAGGCUGUUGCCUAAACAUGGCAUACUUCAUCUGUUCCUGUUUGUGCCACCUGCUGUGAUGUUGUCAGUUAUACGGCAUUAAUUUCCUGCCACUACAGGUCUCUUGAAGGACUGAUGGAACACUGCUGUCUGUUAGAAUGCUUCAGACUGUAGAUGUAAUAAAAGGCUUUUGUUAAAUAUUUUAACCAAAGAUGUGGAGCAAUCCAAGCUUUGAGCCACAGACUUUCUGCAUCAAAAGUAUCCAUUUGAUUAUUUUCGUAGUCUCAUGUUGCAUUUCUACCUUCCCUUCUCAUACCUCAGACUGAUCCAUACCUCUAUUUGAUUAAAAAAAAAAAAAAAAGUCAUUUUAAGACAUUAAGUCAUUUAAGAAAGUCAUUUAAAAAAAAAAAUCAAUUAAAAAUGCAGUACUAAAAUCUUCUAUGUAUUUAAUAUCAGACCUGGGUUACUGCAGGCAUUACACUUGGAUUGCUUCAGAUGGUUUGUUGUAUCCUUUUUUUCUUUUUUUUUCUUCUCUUUCAUGGGGAUUUGCUUCCAUAAAAUAAUGGUGAUAACAAAAUAGCUUGUAAAUGGGAGCAUACAAGCAUUUGCAACAAAUAUUAAAGUAGAGGCUCACAGCGGCAUAAGCUGGACUUUGUCGCCACUAGAUGACAAGAUGUUAUAACUAAGUUAAACCACAUCUGUGUAUCUCAAGGGACUUAAUUCAGCUGUCUGUAGUGAACAAAAAUGGGAAAAUUUCAAAAGAUUCUCCGGCUGAAAAUAAGGUAUAAUUUGUAUUUUGCAGACAAAUCAGUAAAGUUACUGGCUUUCUUAGUGA